AUUUUGCAUGUUUUGGGUUCACCUUCGGAUGACUACAGCUUCUCCUUGGAUAUGUUUUAUGGAGGCUCCUUUGAUGAUGGCACGGGAUCUGGAAAGUAUUCCUUUACCUACGCGCUAGUUCGACCUGAUGGCACCUGGUCAUUUGCGGAAAAACUCUCUGAUAUUGUAGACGUGGAAAGAUUAGAGGAAAGAGAAAACAAUGUGGAGAAGAUGGACAUCACAGCCGCCUUACAGCACAUAAAAUCUGUCGUCAAACCUGAUCUGACACUGCUCCACUUUCUAUGUUUGAAAGGAAUGACAACUUACAGGUCAGAAUAAUAGCUUUUAUCUUAUUCCAAGAGAGAAUAAUAGGACAGAGAAGAAAACGCCCAGUCUAGCGCUCAGCAUUUCCCCAAAGAUGUUUUUAGACCAACUAAGGGCAUGAAAUUAAUCGGAAGUUUGUUUCUGGAGAGGCCUGAAAACUUUUAUUCAAUGUUUUCAAGAAAGAAUUUAAACAGUCAUCAUUAAAGUACUGUAAUUGCAUUGUUUCCUUUAAUGCAGGAGCAAGUGGACUUGAUGACGUUUUAAACAAUCGAUUAAAAUGAAUGAAAUUAAUCACAGAUCCCGGCCAACGCCCUAAGAUUCCCUACUCUCUGUCCUAUUAUUCUCAUUGGUUAUUCAUGAUGAAAUUAAUCACAGAUCCCGGCCAACGCCCUAAGAUUCCCUACACUCUGUCCUAUUAUUCUCAUUGGUUAUUCAUGAUGAAAUUAAUCACAGAUCCCGGCCAACGCCCUAAGAUUCCCUACACUCUGUCCUAUUAUUCUCAUUGGUUAUUCAUGAUGAAAUUAAUCACAGAUCCCGGCCAACGCUCUAAGAUUCCCUACUCUCUGUCCUAUUAUUCUCAUUGGUUAAUGGAGCCUCCAUCUCCCAUACAAGCCCUUGGAGUCAACCCUUUCCCGAGUAGAUUUAUAAUUAGAACGGUUCCCAGGGGAGAGUUCGCGCGCCGACGGUGGGAAGAGCCAAUCACAACGACGAAAUGACACUGCUAUUGUACUUCAUCAAACAGCAGGAAAUUCGGUGUUGACAGGCCAAACACAAUCAUAAGCUAGUGAAACGUGACUUUAGCGCUUUCAUCUCUCAGAGAUUUUCUUUUUUUUCUUUCUAGCGGGUAGAUUAUACUGUGGAGAGUUUUAAACUCUGACUGUGUUAAGCUUAAUUUUGGUUGCUUGUCUCAAAUUAAGAGGCAAUGAUUAACUACUACCUGCGGCUGUAGUUCUGACAGGAUUCUUUUUUUUUAGCCAAUUUUUUUGAGCGUUAAGGUUCUUAUUUCGGCUAAAUGACUCAAUAUUAAUCAAAUUUCUAGUUUUUCAAGGUUUUUUUCCGAAAUGCGUUUAUCUGAAUAAAUGCUUGUAGUCCUUGUGAUGGUUUUGUCCGUCAGCUAGUGUGAUGAUUCCCUGCUAUGUUGUAACGCCGGGCCCAGCCAUUGUUUUCUUGCACAAAAGUGAUCUACAGAUGCGAAUUCGAAGGAAGGAAUUGAGCCUAAACUUCUACAUUAACUGCUGAGAAUUGUCCUGUUAGUCAGUCAUAAUUCUUUUGGCACAGAUACCAGCCAUUUUGUUUUUCUUGAGAUAAGUGGGUCUUUGGACUGGAGCGCGAUGUCACAAAUUCCUCUGUUAGCAAAUUACUUUUGAGUUAGCUUCACGGUCGAGCAACUGUUGUCUUCUGGUCAACUUUUCAAGCGCCAGUUUUAUCAGGCAACUCUCAUGGUGAUACAAGUCAGUUGUAAAGGAAGACUGCAAUUUCUCAAAUUUCGGAACUGAAGCAUUCCUCGUUAGUUGCUACUUAGGUCAUCGCUUUUGCACGCGGUGCUUAUCCACUCCACGGUGAUGACAAAAAUCAAAUGAUCCGGGCACUUUUUCGGCGCUGAUCAUCGAAAAGUUCCAAAUCCUCCACAGAACGUUUAAUCGUCGACUCUUUUCAAGGUCCAUGCUUAAAUGUGGGAUGUAUGACGGCAAAAAAAAAGAACACUCGCAAAGAUAAACCCUUUCGCUGUCUUUGUCCCAUCGCUUCAUGCUCAGUCUCAGUCGAGUAAUUCAUUAACUUUUAUUUCAUGAUACCCAGAUCCCAGCGGCUGUAAAAUUGUAAAAAUGGACGUUAAGGGAAAAAGGAAAACGGUCGAAGGACGAGCUUCUGAGUUCGACUUCAUCUAAUUUUAUUUUUUCACGGUGCGGUGACACACGAGACUCACGGAAAUAUGACACUUUUCGCGGGAAACUAGCCGUUCUAUUUAUAAAUCUACUCGGGAAAGGGUUGACUCAAGAAAUUAAUGGAGAUGGAGGCUCCAUUUGAUGGGCUCCUGUUCAUGAUGAUGAUGGUGAUAAUGAUGAUGACGACGACGCGACAGUGAUGAUGAUGAUAAUGGUGAUAAUUAUGAUGAUGAUGAUUUUAAGUAUUUUUGCCGGGGACAAAAAUUUCAUAACUGAGUGGGAAAUGGGGUGCGACUAGAUAAGCAGAGGAGAAGCUACCGCUGGUAGCUACCGGUCUUGCUGAUGUGCCAUAAUGCGACAGGAGAAUCUAAGCUGGUAAAAGGAAUGAUUAAAGGCCUUGUUACUCUCAUAGUCUCGUCUCCCACUACGCUGCCUUCACAAGAUGGGUAUUGAACAAGAAAACUGAACUUGUGCAGCUUGUGCCGUAAUUUCACAAGGCGUAUAUUUUUGUAUGAAUGUGAACAUAUAAAAGUGCGUCCACGAGAUGAAAAAUUGUCUGCCAAGUUGAAAGAAGUGUUUCAUUAUACAAUUCAUAUGAGAAAAUUGAAUUUUGGUUUAUGCUACAGUGCCUUGUGCACUCACAAAACUUUGUUUGCUCAACCUCUUUAUCCCCACGGAAUCAAACGCUUUUCAUGUAACUAAUUUCUAUUUUCUCUCUUCACGCUACCGUAGUGUUCUCGCCAAUAGCAUAGCUCGAACAUCCGGUAUAUAAAACACACAGUCAGCAAACCCCGUACUCACUCUGAAAAAGGCGGCUAGCGCUGGAAAUGUCAGCUUCUCAACCCAGGGGAGGGGGAUACUCAACACAAUUUUAUACGUGGAGGCUCCAACCCCCAACUCUUUUAUAUACCAGAAAAGGUACCCCUUUAGUAUGCGUUUUUUCUUUUUUUUUUUGACAAAUGGUACCCCUUUCACAUACGAGUUUAGAACGCGGUAUUCAUUUUAACUGCUGUAAAUACACCGUAAAAUAUGAAACAAAAUCACUGAAACAGGAAGUGUCUUGUCUUUUUUCACAGCCACAAAAUGUGCCUGUUCUCAAUUUUUUAUCCUUUUACAGACCGCAAUGGCAGAUUUCCCUUUCCUUUCGUAUACUUCAACUUGUUAAAUCCUUACCUUUUGAUAUACCUCAUUAACCUGAAGCCUGAAAAAGGUACCCUUUUGGUAGGAGCCUCCCCUUAUGGGCCAUUUAAUAUAGGGCAUUGUAGGGGUAACCCCUCCAGGGCUUCUCAACCCCCCCGGUGGCCAAUCGACUUUAUCAACUCAGUUGAUAAAACUAAUUUUUGGCAUUUCACUGACCCCCGACGCAACACCACAGUUUCUUUAGAAAAUGACCCCUUUAUUCUUCAUCUGCUCGACCUAGUGUCGGUAUUGUAUUGUUGCUGAACCCCUGUUCUUUUUGUUAAAGGGCUCUUUUCGAAGCGCUGGAUAUUCCUCUCAUAGGCGGAUCAGCAGAGUCGCGAUACCUUAGCAUGGACAAACUAAAGACACGGGGAGUUUUGCUUGCCUACAACAAUGUCUCUUGUGCCGAGGGAUUGGUUCUUAACAAAGGUAUACGUCUAUCAACUGUUAACAUGGGACAGACAUGAUAGUGUUUAAGCCUAAUUUUUGAGCGUCACAUCCGCAUGGGUAACCUGUAUGCAAAUUCUCUUGAGUCGAGGUCUGGGGUAUCACUUCCACAAUCCACUCUCCUCUUUUCGAGUUGAUAGAACUGAAGUUCACAGAAUAGUUCGUAGCACAAACAACACGAGAGCCUCAAACCCAUCGGACGCUCUCCGUACAUAAAGACUUCUAACCGAACUCCACAAUACAACUUUAUCGCAUGACGAAUGUCUGUUUACGGCGAUAAGUCCACGAAACAAAUGGUAUCUUAAAAAUUUUAUGAAAUAUCACCAGUUAAUCAGAGGAAAAACUUAAUCCACCGUCAUUCGUGUUUUUUGCCAUUGCGAAGUCAGGCAACGAUGAACUAAGAACUUCCCAUGAUAAGUUGCGGUAUGACGCCUACGUUUUUACGCCGGCCAGAGACUCUAGGAUCAACUGUCAUAAUGCGACAACGUUUUCUGGUGUUCUCUUGAUAAAGUCUACACAGUAUCCUGAUAAGGACAGCAAAAGUUUCGAUAUCGAUUAUUCUUUCUCGUGUCACAGGAGACCCAAUACCAACUGCCCAUAUCAAGUAUCCCUGUAUUGUUAAGGCAAGCAAAGGAGAGGAUUCUAAAGCAGUGCGACUGGUAAGGGACCGGCAGUCUUUAGAUGCAGCAAUUGAGCAUGCGCUCACUUUCUCGAACCAAGUAAUCAUUGAAAGGUAGGUUCUUGUCUUAUCAGUUUUUCGCGUUUUAAAAACUAUUCCCAAUUCCAAACAUUUAAGCUUUUAAUUAAAAAGAGAAUAUUUGGGUUGACAGUCAGUAGCUGAUCCUUAUCACGGCCAAAGUUUCGGCAUUUAGCACUAAAAUUUUUCUUCCCCGCAAAGAAUUCACUGUCAGAAAAGUGGCCCAAAUGAUUAAUAAAAAGGGAAACUCCAUUUCAAAGGGAGAGUGCGGAAAGCAUCGUACGCACGUGAACGUCAUCCCUCAAUGUUCUUAAAUCCCAGCUGAGUUUGGAAAAAGCUUACCUCGUUGACAGGUACGGUAAGAAAAAGAGGCACAAAUCGAAAAUAAAUAAAUAAAGCGAAAUGGAUACAAACAUUUUGGCUAAACAGCUAUCUCGAGAAAGGCUAUCGGAAAAAAUAUGCACGCGGUAAUCCCGAAGGUUACAGUUCUCGACAAUGUAGCUGUCGAACCUACUUUUGUUGCUUUCCUUUAGCACUCGCAAACAUACAUCCAUAGGCUCUAGAACCAUAUUCUUUCAAAUUCCUUUGAAGACAGUGAACUCAAAAUCACCUACAAUACCUUUCGGGAUUGUCGCGAGCACUUUUUUUCCGACAGCCUUUCUCCAAAAAGCUGUAUAUGCACUGUGCAUCUUUGAGCUGAGCAUGUUUGUGCCGUUUUUGUACAGAUUCAUAGAAGGACGAGAGAUUCGGUGCGCUGUAGUCAAAUCAGAAAAAACUGGAGAUAUACAGGCCUUGUCGUGUAUAGAAUUCAACGUACGUCAGGAUGGCAUUCGUAAAACCGAGGAUAAGUUACUCUGCGAUGAAAAAGGAUUACCUAUUUGUAAGUAUCACAUUUUUCUUCAUUCGUAUAAACAAAUUCAAAAUAAAUCAUAAAUCUUGGCUUGAUCCAUUAAAUUCAUAUCAACACUUGUUAAUUCAUUAAUUGUCCAACACUGAGUUAUGAUCAGUCAAUAUGUACCAUCAGUCACAUGUACACUUCGGUAAACCCCCAAACAAAUCAAUAAGCCAUUUGCACGAUGGCGUCAUUUUACUACUAAGACCAGAAUCCUUUUCGUUUUUCCUUUCAUAUUUAAAUUUUGUAAUCCCAGUGAGGUUUGAAUAACAAAAGCCCUAAUUCGCACAAGAAAGCAAAACCCUGAAGGAUUCUGGUCGUAGUAGUAAAAUGAUGUCAUCGUGCAAAUGGCCUAUUGGUUAAAGGAAUUAGUAAGAUAAACUUUUCUCUCUCUCUCGCUUUUCUCUCAGCGGAGAGAUCUAGGCGACAGACAGAAAUAGGUCUGUGUUCUCCCGUCGGGCCAGUCAUUGGUAUUAAAUAAUAUUAAACUAUCAAGAUGAUUUUACAUUGAGAGUUGUUACCUUUUUCAUCUAUCUUUACAUAGGCAAGGCACCAGAAAGUAAGACUUGGUUUCUUGAUCCCGCAAAGGAAGCUGAACUGAUAAACCGCAUCCAGUCACAAAGUCGUCGAGCUUUUCUAGAGUUAGACCUGCAAGACUUUGGCCUUUUCGACUUCCGGGUAGACCUCGAAGGAAAUCCAUUUUUUCUGGAAUGUAACCUGUUCUGUUCGUUUGGUCUUCAGAGUUUUCUUAAUGUAGUUGCCAGGAAUUCUGGUUUUACCGAUGAAAGUUUGUUUGAUUUAAUGGUUCAGAACGCUUUGUUACGGAAAGCGAAGAUUUAA